UUACUGCUUAGUGCUGCUGCUGUCACAUCCAGCAGAUAAAGCUCCCUAAAAUUCUCUGCAAACAUUUCGGGACUUUGCACUAAAUCAUAGAAAUUUUUCCUUUUUUUUCUCUCGCGAGCCGAAGACAUUUUAGAGAAGAAUUCAUCCUUCUUUUCUCCAGUUGAACAUUUUCUAGCCACAAGAGCCAUGCGAAUAGAACUCUCCACCUGCUUCUUUCUGUGCUUUUUGCCAUUCAGCUUUAGUGCCACCAGAAGAUACUACCUGGGUGCGGUGGAACUGUCCUGGGACUACACGCAAAGUGAACUGCUCAGUGAGCUGCACAUGGAUACAAGGUUUCCUCCUAGAGUGCCAAGAACUUUUCCAUUCAGCACCUCAGUCAUGUACAAAAAGACUGUGUUUGUAGAGUUCACGGAUCACCUUUUCAAUAUUGCCAAGCCCAGGCCACCAUGGAUGGGUCUGCUGGGUCCUACCAUCCGGGCUGAGGUUUAUGACACAGUGGUCGUUACACUAAAGAACAUGGCUUCUCACGCUGUCAGUCUUCAUGCUGUUGGUGUAUCCUACUGGAAAGCUUCUGAAGGUGCUGAAUAUGAGGAUGAGACCAGCAAAACGGAGAAGGAAGAUGAUAAAGUCAUUCCUGGUGAAAGUCAUACCUACGUCUGGCAUGUCCUGAAGGAGAAUGGUCCAAUGGCCUCUGACCCACCGUGUCUCACCUACUCCUACCUUUCACAUGUGGACCCGGUGAAAGACCUGAAUUCAGGCCUCAUUGGAGCCCUGUUGGUUUGUAGAGAAGGGAGUCUGGCCAAGGAAAGGACACAGACUUUGCAGGAAUUUGUACUCCUUUUUGCUGUAUUUAAUGAAGGGAAAAGUUGGCACUCAGAAACAAAUGAGCCCUCGAUACGGGCUAUGGACACCCCAUCUGCUCGGGCCAGACCCGAAAUGCACACAAUCAAUGGCUAUGUAAACCGGUCUCUGCCAGGUCUGAGUGGAUGUCACAAGAAGUUGGUAUAUUGGCAUGUGAUUGGAAUGGGCACCACCCCUGAAGUGCACUCAAUUUUCCUCGAAGGUCACACAUUUCUUGUAAGGAACCAUCGAGAAGCCUCCUUGGAGAUCUCACCAGUAACUUUCCUUACUGCUCAGACACUCCUGAUGGACCUUGGCCAGUUUCUACUGUAUUGUCAUAUCUCUUCCCACCAACAUGAUGGUAUGGAAGCUUAUCUCAAAGUAGACAGUUGCCCAGAGGAACCCCAACUACGGAUGAAAAAUAUUGAAGAAGAUGACUAUUACGAAGAUCCUUAUGACUCUGACAUGGACAUUGUCAGGUUAGAUGACAACUACUCUCCUCCCGUUCUCCAAAUCCGCUCAGUUGCCAAAAAGCAUCCUAAAACGUGGGUGCACUAUAUUGCUGCUGAAGAGGACGAUUGGGAAUAUGCUCCCUCAGGCCCCACCUCCAGUGACACAAGUUAUAAAAGUCUGUAUUUGAAAAAUGGUCCUCAGCAGAUUGGCAGGAAGUACAAAAAAGUCCGAUUUAUGGCAUACACAGAUGAAACAUUCACAACUCGUGAAGCUAUUCAGUAUGAAUCAGGAAUCCUGGGACCUUUACUUUAUGGAGAAGUUGGAGAUACACUGUUGAUUAUAUUUAAGAAUCAAGCAAGCCGACCAUAUAACAUCUUCCCUCACGGAAUCACUGAUGUCACUCCUUUGCACUCAGGGAGACUGCCAAAAGGUGUGAAACAUCUGAAAGAUAUGCCAAUUCUGCCAGGAGAGACAUUCAAAUAUAAAUGGACAGUGACUGUAGAAGAUGGGCCAACUAAAUCAGAUCCUCGGUGCCUGACCCGGUAUUACUCAAGCUUCGUUAAUCUAGAGAGAGAUCUAGCUUCAGGACUCAUUGGCCCUCUCCUCAUCUGCUACAAAGAAUCUGUAGAUCAAAGAGGAAACCAGAUGAUGUCAGACAAGAGAAAUGUCAUCCUGUUUUCUGUAUUUGAUGAGAAUCAAAGCUGGUACCUUACAGAGAAUAUGCAGCGCUUCCUCCCCAAUGCAGAUGGAGUGCAGCCUCAGGAUCCAGAGUUCCAACUCUCCAACAUCAUGUACAGCAUCAAUGGCUAUGUUUUUGAUAGCUUGCAGCUGUCCGUUUGUUUGCAUGAGGUGGCAUACUGGUACAUUUUAAGUGUUGGAGCACAGACUGAUUUCCUUUCUGUCUUCUUCUCUGGAUAUACCUUCGAACACAAACUGGUCUAUGAAGACACACUUACCCUAUUCCCAUUCUCAGGAGAAACUGUCUUCAUGUCCAUGGAAAACCCAGGUGUGUGGGCUCUGGGCUGCCACAACUCCGACUUUCGGAACAGAGGCAUGUCAGCCUUACUGAAGGUUUCUAGUUGUGACAGAAAUACUGGUGAUUAUUAUGACGACAUAUAUGAAGAUAUUCCAACUUCCCUGCUGAAUGAAAACCAUGUCAUUGAACCCAGAAGCUUCUCCCAGAAUACAAGGCACCCUAGCACUAGGCAAAAACAAUCCAAAGCCACUAUGACUCCAGAAAAUGAUGUAGAGAAGACUGGCCCUUGGUCUGGAGAGAGAGCACAGCUGCUUCAAGUACAAAGCAUCUCCUCUAGCGAUUUGUUGAUGCUCUCGGGACAGAAUCCUACUCCACAUGGAUUAUCCUUAUCUGAUCUUCAAGAAGCCACAUAUAAGGCUGAUUAUCAUUUACCUGGAGCAACAGAAAGAAACAAGCGCCCAUCUGAAGGGGCACAUCUCAGACCAGAGCUUCGUAAGAGUGGGGACAGAGGAUUUACUCCUGAGCCAGAACUACAAUUAAGAGUAAAUGAAAAUGUGGGGAGCACUCUAACAGUAGAGUUGAAGAAAGGUGAUUUUAAAAUUUCCAGCUUGUCAAACUAUCUAAUGACUUCACCAACAAUUCCAUCAGAAAAGUUGGCAGCAGGUACUGAAAAGACAGGUUCCUUACGACCCUCAAAUAUGCCAACUCACUUUAGUAGUCAAUUAGGCACCACUGUAUUUGGCAAAAAUUCAUCUCACCUUAUUGAGUCGGGUGUACCUUUGGGCUUGAGGAAAGGAGAUGACGAAUCCAAGUUGUUAGAAGUAGCUUUAAUGAAUAGUCAAGAAAGUUCACCGGGAGAAAAUAUAUUGUCAAUGAAGAGUGACAGGUUAUUUAAAGAGGAAAGAGCUCAUGGAUCUGCUUCAUUGACCAAAGGUAAUUCUUUAUUCAAAGUUAAUACCUCAUUGGUAAAGACAAACAAGUCACCAGUGAACUCAACAACUAACAGAAAAACUCACACUGAUGGCCCAACAUUAUUAAUUGAGAAUAAUACAUUGGUCUGGCAAGACAGUGUAUUAAAAAGUAAUGCUGAGUUUCAAGAAGUGACUCCUUUGAUUCAUGAUGAAAUGUUUAUGGACAAAAACACUACAGCUUUGGGGCUAAAUCAUGUGUCAAAUAAAACUAUGUCAUCAAAAAAUAUGGAAAUGGUCCACCAAGAAAAAGAGGGUCCUGUACCAAUAGGUGCAGAAAAACCAGAUAGAUCACUCUUCAAGAUGCUGUUCUUGCCAGAUUCAGCAAAUUGGAUAAAAAGGACCCAGGGCAACAACUCCUUAAGCUCUGAGCAAAGGCCUGGUCCAAAGCAAUCCACAUCUUUAGAAUCAGAAAAAUCUGUGAAGGAUCAGAAUUCCUUGUCAGAGAACAAUACGGUGUUUGUAGAAGAGGAUGAAUUUACAAGGGACACAGGCCUCAAAGAGGUGAUUUCUCCAAAGAGCAAGAGCAUAUUUCUUACUAACUUGACUAAUGUCCAAGAAAAUGAUACAUACAACCAAGAAAAAAAAUCCCAGGAAGAGAUUCAAAGGAAGGAAAAAGUAAUCCAAGAGAACGUAGUCUUGCCUACAGUGUAUACAGGCACUAAGAAUUUCCUGAAGAAUCUUUUCUUACUAAGCUCUAAGCAAAAUGUAGUUGGUGUAGAUGAGGAGACAUAUACUCCGAUAUUUCAAGACACCAGGUCAUUAAAUGAUUCAGCAAAUAGAGCAGGGAAUCACAUGGCCCAUUUCUCAAAAAUAAGGGUGGAAACCAAUGUGGAAGGCUUGGGGAAUCAGACAAGGCAAAUGGUAGAGAAGUAUCAAAGCACCACAAGGAUAUCUCCUAAUCCAAGUCAGCGGAAUGCCAUGGAUCAACGUGGUAAGCGGGCUUUGAAACAGUUCAGCUCUCCGAAAGAGGAAACAAAGCUCAAAAUGGGGGUGAUUUUGAAUGACACCUCAACCCAGUGGUCCAAAAACAUGAACUAUCUGACCCAGGGCACUCUCACACCAAUAGAGUACAAUGAGAAGGAGAAAGGGGCCAUUACUCAGUCCCUCAUAGAUGAUUCCAUGAGGAGUCAUGGCAUCAUUCAAAUGGAUGGCUCUGCAUUACCUGUUGCAAAGGUAUCAGCACUUCCAUCAAUUAGACCUACAGAUCUGACUAAGAUCCCAUCCCAAGACAACUCUUCUCAUCUUCUAGCAUCAGCCUAUAGUUAUACCUUCAGGGAGAGAAGUUCUGGGGCCCAAGAAAGCAAUCAUUUCUUACAAGGAGCCAAAAGAAAUCUUUCUUUAGCCUUCCUAACCUUGGAAAUGAUUGGUGGUCAAGAAAAGAUCAGCUCCCUGGGGGAAGGUGCUACAAACCCACUCAUACACAAGAAACUUGAGAACACUGUUCUCUUGAAACCAGGCUUGUCUAAAGCAUCUGGCCAAGUUGAAUUACUUCCUAACGUUCAUGUUCAUCAGGAAAACUCUUUCCCUACAAAAACUAGUAAUGCUUCUCCUGGCUACGUGGAUCUCAUCGAAGAGAUCUUCCUUCAGACAACACAGGAACCUGUUCAAUUGAAUCAAGUAAAUAGACCUGGCAAAGUGCCCUUUCUGAAAUGGACAACUGAAAGCUCUGAAAACACUCCCUUCAAGCUGCUGGUUCCUCCUGGUUGGGACAGUCAAUAUGCUACCCAGAUACCAAGAGAAGAGUGGAAAUCCCAAGAGAAGUCACAAAAAGACAUAGCUUUUAAGACAACAGACACCAUUUCACCCCUAGACCCCCGUGAAAACAAUCAUUCAAUACCGGCAAUAAAUGAAGGACAAGAUAAGGCCCAAAGAGAAGCCACCUGGGCAAAGUUAGGAGGGACUGGAAGGUUGUCCUUUCAGAGCCCACCAGUCUUGACAGGCCAUCAAAGGGAAAUCCCCCUGACUACGCCUCAGCCAGACGAAGACAAAACUGACUAUGAUGAUACCUUCUCAACUGAAAUGAAGAGAGAAGAUUUUGACAUUUAUGGUGAGGAUGAAAACCAGGGCCCCCGCAGCUUUCAAAAGAGAACACGACACUAUUUCAUUGCUGCAGUGGAGCGGCUCUGGGAUUAUGGAAUGGGUAAAUCCCUCUAUGCACUAAGGAACAGGGCUCAGAGUGGAAGUGUCCCUCAGUUCAAGAAGGUGGUUUUCCAGGAAUUCACUGAUGGCUCCUUCACUCAGCCCUUAUAUCGUGGAGAACUAAAUGAGCACCUGGGACUCUUGGGGCCCUGUAUCAGAGCAGAAGUCGAAGACAAUAUCAUGGUAACUUUCAAAAACGAGGCCUCUCGUCCCUACUCCUUCUAUUCUAGCCUUAUUUCUUAUGAGGAAGAUGAGAGCCAAGGAGCACAACCUAGACAAAAGUUUGUCAAACCUAAUGAAACGAAAAUUUACUUCUGGAAAGUACAACAUCAUAUGGCACCUACUAAAGAUGAGUUUGACUGCAAAGCCUGGGCUUAUUUUUCUGAUGUUGAUCUGGAACGAGACAUGCACUCAGGCCUAAUUGGACCUCUUCUGAUCUGCCGCACGAACACACUGAACCCUUCUCAUGGGAGACAAGUGACAGUGCGGGAAUUUGCUCUGUUUUUCACUAUUUUUGAUGAGACCAAGAGCUGGUACUUCACUGAAAACAUGGAAAGGAACUGCAGGGCUCCCUGCAAUAUCCAGAUGGAGGACCCUGCUUUUAAACAAAAUUAUCGCUUCCAUGCAAUCAAUGGCUAUGUGAUGGAUACUCUACCUGGUUUAGUAAUGGCUCAGGAUCAAAGGAUUCGAUGGUAUCUGCUCAGCAUGGGCAGCAACGAAAACAUCCAUUCCAUUCAUUUCAGUGGACACGUAUUCACUGUACGGAAGAAAGAGGAGUAUAAAAUGGCGGUCUACAACCUCUAUCCAGGUGUUUUUGAGACAGUGGAAAUGCAACCAUCCAAAGCUGGAAUCUGGCGGAUAGAAUGCCUUAUUGGUGAACACCUACAAGCUGGGAUGAGCACUCUUUUUCUGGUGUAUAGCAAGAAGUGUCAGACUCCUCUGGGAAUGGCUUCUGGACGCAUUAGAGAUUUUCAGAUUACAGCUUCAGGACAAUAUGGACAAUGGGCCCCGAAGCUGGCCAGACUUCACCAUUCUGGAUCAAUCAAUGCCUGGAGCACCAAGGAUCCCUUUUCCUGGAUCAAGGUGGAUCUCUUGGCACCAAUGAUUAUACACGGCAUCAUGACCCAGGGUGCCCGUCAGAAAUUCUCCAGCCUGUACAUCUCUCAGUUUAUCAUCAUGUACAGUCUUGAUGGCAGUAAGUGGCAGAGUUAUCGAGGGAAUUCCACUGGGACCUUAAUGGUCUUCUUUGGCAAUGUGGAUUCAUCUGGGAUAAAACACAAUACUUUUAACCCUCCAAUUAUUGCUCGGUACAUCCGUUUGCACCCGACACACUAUAGCAUCCGCAGCACUCUUCGCAUGGAGUUGAUGGGCUGUGAUUUAAACAGCUGCAGCAUUCCAUUGGGAAUGGAGAAUAAAGCAAUAUCAGAUGCACAGAUUACUGCCUCAUCUUACUUGAACAAUAUGUUUGCUACCUGGUCUCCUUCACAAGCCCGACUUCACCUCCAGGGGAGGACUAAUGCCUGGAGACCCCAGGUGAAUAAUCCAGAAGAGUGGCUGCAAGUGGACUUCCAGAAGACAAUGAAAGUUACAGGAAUAACUACCCAGGGGGUGAAAUCUCUGCUUACCAGCAUGUAUGUGAAGGAGUUCCUCAUCUCCAGUAGUCAAGAUGGCCAUAACUGGACUCCAUUUCUUCAGAAUGGCAAAGUAAAGGUUUUUCAGGGAAAUCAAGACUCCUUCACACCUGUUCUGAACUCUCUAGACCCACCGCUAUUGACACGCUACCUUAGGAUUCACCCACAGAGCUGGGUGCACCAGAUUGCCCUACGGCUGGAGGUUCUGGGCUGCGAGGCACAGCAGCUGUACUGAGCACGACAAGAAAUAAAGUAUGGGACCUUGGGCAUUUUCAAGGGAAUAGUUCUGAGAUCUUCAGAAAUUCUCCUAAUCCAAUAAAACCACUAUAACGUAGAAUUCCCUCCAUAAAAUGUAGUAAAAUACAAUUGUUUAUGUAGUAUACAGUCUUAUAGGAUUGUUUUAAGUGCCCUCCCAGCCCUAUUAACAUGGUGCCCCCAGAAUAAACAACCAUCCCACUCUGGCCUAGACUGACCUGGUUUUAGCAAAGCCCUGGCAGUCCUCUUGCCCCUCCGUCCAGGGCCAGGCCAUUUGCUAACUCCAGUCCAGCAGCCCUCCCAGACUUGCCUUCUACCUCUGAGCCUGGCCUCUGGGUUACUUCCUGCUCCAUGCUGCCACCAGUGCCAUCAUUUUUCUAUAUAUUUAAACUAUACAGUCCAAACAGAUGCUGCCCGAAGCCUUCCAAACUAAUUAUCAUUAUUCUUGUGUUUUCUGGGAGUGUUGCACCCUAUUUAACUCUUGAGCAUUUGCUGCAGCUUCUCCCAGAUUGGUCCUUCCUUGUAAUGUAGUUAGGCAAUAAGAAAUGAGGAAACCCAUCUGGAAAGCAUUGUCCUCCUGACAAAUUAAGUCUCUCACACAGCCACCACUUCUUCUUUUGUAGAAAAACAAUGUGUUUAAAGUUGGCAGAUGAUAUUCAUGAUGUAAACAUUUCAGAUUAGGCUUCGUACAUUUAAAAUAAUACUCUCACUUUUGAAUUAUCCUUGUCAAGCCAUGGAACAAAACAUAUUUGGGGAUCAUAUCACCACAGCCUUGAAGUUAAAAGGCAAGUCAUUUGGACAAUCUGCAAAAUGGAGAUAAUACAAGAACUACUACAUUAAAGUCUAUUUUUUGCCUCCUUAAGGACAGAAAUAAUUAUCUAAUUCAGUCAUCUGGGGGCAUUGCUAGUGGUACAUUCUUAUCUCAAAAUCUAUUGUUCGUAAACUGAGUCUCAUUGUGGGAUUCAAGAGCCUCCAAAUCCCCUGAAUUAGAUACAACAUUAUGAAUGAAUGUGUGCAUUUUUCUGGCAAGAGUGUCCAAAGAUUUAAUAAGAUUUUAAUGGAAGAAUGGUUUUAAAAAUCUCAGAAGGAUGUAGAAAUAAAACCAUUUAUUUGGUCUUAAUUCUAAUCAACGACAACAAAAUAGGUUAGGGUUAGAAAAGUAUUGGGAACCUUGAAAUAAAAUGACAAUGUCCCCUUAAAAUGGUGGUGGCCAAGAAGGUAAUAAUUAUGAUAGGCUUCUCAAGGACAUAUUUUUAAUAUUUCCACAGAAAAAAUGAGGAAAAUCCAUGGCUAUCUGGGAUAAGAGAUACAACAUCAUAAUUCUAAUAAUGCAUUCAUUUUACUCCCUCUGUCAGCUAAUUUCCUGCUACAAUGACACAACAGAAAUGUAACAGGGAAAUUCUAUACCAGAAUUGAAAAGUAGAAUCCCACUAACAUAGUUGAAAUACCAAGAAGUCAGAAGAAAAUUGAGCUGGUGAAAGCAGAGAGAAAACACCCCAGUUUACCAAUUCUACCCACAAGAGGAACCCCCAUCUGCUACAUGGCUGAUAGAUAAGGUUUUGAAGAGUUUACUGCUUCUUACAUGUGCCCACCCCCUUCACUAUGACACACAAACAUCUGGAAACAUCAAGGGGACUAGAAGCAAGGACAAACCAUAGAUCAGGCAGAAGAAACAUCCAAAGUUUACAAUUCAGGGCAAUUUGAAAACAGGAGUUCUUAGGAUAAGAGAAAAAUUCAGUGCAAUAUCAGAAAAGGCAAGAGAAUAGUUUUUUGUUUUGUUUUGUUUUCUAUGCAAGAGCAUUUUCUAAUAAUCCUGCUUGACCCUGAUCUGACCCUUUUGGGGACUGUACCAUAGCUGUCACAGUAUAAUCACAAUCCACAACUAAUUAAGGUGCAAAUGGUUUAUAGUCUUAUAAGAUUCUGUUAAGGUUAGAGGUUAAUUUACAGAAAUCAAUAAGUUGUUUUGCUUUAUAGUUUCAUAGAGAACUUAACCCCAAAGGUGAUAUGGUUUUAUUUUCUGCAAAAGGUUAAACACUCUUAUCUCUAAUUUAAUAAUCUUGUUUUGACAUUUUUUUCCCAUUGACUAUACGUAUACAUCUCUGUUUCUCACAUGUCCUCGGAACCAGCUCUUUUGUCUUCAUGCCGAUUUCCUCAAUAAGUGGUUAAAUAAAAC